AUGUUCAUCUGCGGAAAACCGCCGAUGCCCAUUCGAAGCGCAGGUACAAGAGGCUGGCUAACGAGCUCUGAUUCAUGCGACACUACAGCAACGAAGACGCUGGUGCGAGCCCAACACGGCAACGCUAUGAAUGCUAGCGCAGAAAUGUGGGCGCAGGGGACUCUUCAGGACCGCACUGAUGGACAAUGUCAUGACGAGCUAGAGACAAAGUCAAGCUACGACGUUGUGCCCUUUCCUGUGCCUGAGCAACAGAAUGACUUGGAUCGUAUUUGGCACAACUUGACUUGGGUGCAGGGUUACUGGUCGGAGGGUUCGCGGGUUCAGGGCACCGGCCACAAGGCGAUACAGAGAGGAGGCGCAGCACAGCAAAUCUCGAAAAUCGAAAAUAGUGACGCUCUUAGAGACUUCGCAACCCUUGUCCCUCGCUAG